ACAUGGUGUCGCUCGGGACUGUGGUGCAAACACUUUUGCCGCGAGAGAGGAGCAGCCUGAAUCGGGCCGCUUCGUCCAAGAAAUCUAGAGCAUAUAUAAGUGCUCUCUAUUACACUCGCUCUCGACUCAAGUCUUCCCUCUUCCCUGUAUCAUCCCGUCUUCCUCCUCUUUCUCAAUCAACCCUCAACUUGAUCCCAUCUCAAAACACAAGCACAAGAUGACGACCACAGCCAUCCAAGUCGACACGGCCGGUAAGGGCAUGCGUGCCGCCCGCUACUACGGCAUCAAAGACAUCCAGAUCAAGAACGAUGUGCCGCGACCGCAGACGGGAGAUGGUCAGGUGAAGAUCGAGCCUGCAUUUGUGGGCAUUUGCGGCACCGACCUGCACGAGUAUAUGGGAGGUCCGACCUUCUCACCCACCGAGCCGCACCCAAUCACCAAGGAGAAGAUCCCCAUCACCAUCGGUCACGAAUUCUCCGGCGUCGUGAAAGAGGUGGGCAAAGGCGUGAAGGGCUUCACAGUCGGGCAGAACGUGGUGGUGCAGCCGACGAUAUACUGCACGAGUUGCGGGGCUUGUAAGAACAAUGCGGAGAAUGCCUGCUCCAAGGGCGGCUUUGUGGGCUUGAGUGGUGCCGGAGGCGGAAUGAGCGAGGAAGUCGUCGUCCCCGAGCUCGCCGUCUUCCCUCUGCCCAAGGGCAUCAACCUCGACGUUGGCGCACUCGUUGAACCCCUGGCCGUUGCAUGGCAUGCGGUCGACGCGAGCCCGAUUGCCAGCAUCAAGGAGCCGAAGUGCAUCGUCUUCGGCGGAGGGCCGAUUGGACUCGCAGUCAUCCAGGUGUUGCUCGCGCGAGGCACCAAGACCGUCAUUUCCGUGGAGGUGGCGAAGAUGCGACAGGAGUUUGCCAAAGACUUUGGCGCUCACCACAUCAUCGAUCCCACCAAGGAGGAUGUGGCCAAGAAGGCUCUGGAGCUGUGCGGAGGCGAAGCCGGGCCCGACAUUGCCUUUGACUGUGCCGGCGUGCCGGCGAGUGUCAAGGCGGCGUGCGAGAGCGUCAAGUCGCGUGGAACCGUCAUCAACGUGGCGAUUUGGGAGAAGGAGAUCCCGUUCAACCCGAAUUGGUUGGUGUUCCGUGAAGCAACGUACAAGGCGGUGCUGGGGUAUCAAAGAAAGGACUAUGAAGGCGUGCUUGCUGCGCUAGAGAAGGGAACGCUCAAGCCAGAAGCCAUGAUUACGAGUAAGAUUCGCAUGGAUGAUCUGGUCAAGGAGGGGUACAUGAAGUUGAUUGAGGAGAAGGACAAGCAUGUGAAGAUCCUGGUGGAUGUGAAGGCUGGGACGUAGCAAAGGCGUGAGCACCUCAGGUAGAAAGGUAACCUUGAUGGCCAUUGGAGCUUGAGGAACAACAAACAUUUGACUUGCCGGUUUUGCUUCCGUCGUUGUGAGGGAGCGCGUGGACACUCGCAUCGCAUGUGUCUGCGGCAGAUGAAUGACAGUGAGCAACAGGAGUAGUUGUGGGACGAGGUUCAUGCAGCCCAACGAGAACACAUGCGAGACAGAAGCGUGGAAUCGCUUGGACGUCGUCUCUGCCGUGCAUGAAGGCCAGGAGGUUGGCCGAUCUCCACCUGGCGCUUGCGACAAGCCGAGGGAGGCGCGAGGGAGGUUAUCGAGGGCGCGUCGCCGCAGAUGUCGAUCAACGAAUUGUCGAAGCGCCAGCCAGAUGGACGAGAUGUAGCUAUUUUUUCGCCACUAACCGCCCAGCCG